AUGGCCGUCAUCCAAGAUGGUGGACCAUCUCAGCAUGUUCGAAAAAGAAAAUCAAAUGCCAACGUGAAAUCGAAUCCAAUUCCAAAUUCUGAUCCUAAUUCUGACUCCAGUUCCGAGUUGAUCAAAAAUGGUAAAUCUCAAGCUUUAAUGAAGAUUAACGCUGUACCAACUGAACAUGGUCAAGAGAUGGACAAACAGCUUGAUGAGCAUCAAGAAUACGAAUUCGGAGGUCCUGUUGGUGUCGUUGCUAUGAUGGUUGGAUUCCCUCUUCUCAUGUACUACCUUUGGAUCUGCCUGUGGUUUUACCGUGGGAAAUUCAUCUAUCCUACCUCCUUAGGCGAUGUUCGGCCAUUCCUAAACAAGAUGGGACAACAUAUAUACGAGGGCGCCUACCCUACUAAAUUCGCUUGGAUUACAUACUGUGGUCUUACAGCUAUUCAGCUAUUCUUUGCAGCUGCUCUUCCUGGUCUCGCUCAAAACGGUCUCCCUGUUCCUUCUUUAGGGUAUAAAGCACUUCCUUACCACUGUAACGCCCUUUACUCCUGGUACGCAACAUUGAUCCUAUCAUAUGUCUUACACAAGACAGGUAUCUAUAGAUUACCUUGGAUCAUCGAAAACUAUGGUCAGAUCAUGACUGUAGCCUUGAUAGUCUCGUUCUCUGUAUCAAUCAUCAUUGAUUUAGCAGGCAGAUUCUUCCAUUACGGUGGUAAACCAUUAAGGUUAUCAGGAAAUAUCAUUUAUGAUCAUUUCAUGGGUAUAUCACUCAAUCCAAGAUUAGGAAGAAUCGAUCUCAAAAUGUUCGCUGAGGUUAGAGUACCAUGGGUACUAUUAUUUUUAAUAUCCCUUUCAGGUGUAGUCAAACAAUACGAAGAAUUGGGAAGAGUCUCUUAUAAUAUGUGGCACAUGCUUUUAGCAACUGGAUUAUACAUGAACGCAUGUGCAAAAGCUGAACAUAUGAUUCCUCAAACAUGGGAUAUGUUCCAUGAGAAAUUCGGCUGGAUGUUGAUCUUCUGGAAUAUGGCUGGAGUUCCCUUCACAUAUUGUUAUCCUACGAUUUACAUGGCAAGAGCUCCUGCUUCUACAUAUGAAUUCCCAUUAUGGGGUAACAUUGCAAUGUUCGUCACACUCGUUACGUUCUAUUACAUAUUCGAUUGUGCAAUGGCUCAAAAAUCAAAUUUCAAGAUGCAUGAACAAGGUGAACACAAUCCAAGAAAAGCAUUCCCCGUCUUACCUGGAUCCGAUCUCAAGAACCCUACAUAUAUUCAAACUAAACAUGGAAAUAAACUCUUGACGAGUGGAUUAUGGCAAUAUGCUAGAAAGAUCAAUUAUACCGCAGAUUGGAUCCAGGCUUUCACCUGGGGUUUAACUGCAAGUUUCAAUACUCCAAUCACAAUGUUUUACCCUAUCUUCUUCUUUGCAGUCUUGGUACAUCGUUGCGGAAGAGAUUUCGCUAAAUGUUCAAGAAAAUAUGGUGAAGAUUGGGAAGAAUACUGUAAAGUCGUCAGAUGGAAAUUCAUUCCUUACGUCUAUUAG